AUAAUUCUAUGAUCCAGGCUCCAGCUUCUCCCUGCCAACUCACCUUUCCUUCUUCUGACAUCUCCACCUAAAUUUUUCUGUUUGCUUUGCUUAAUUCCAUGGAGCUUAAUUUGCUUUCCCCUGCUGAAAUCAAGGCCAUCUCCUUCUUAGAUUCCACCAAGUCCAACCACCUUCCUAAGUUUCCAGGUGUUAUCAGUCUGAAGAGGAAGGAUUUUGGGGCAGCAUUUGGGAGGAAAGUGCAGUGUUCGGCCCAGCCUCCUCCACCAGCCUGGCCAGGAAGAGCUUUUCCAGAGCCAGGCCGUAAGACUUGGGAUGGUCCAAAGCCUAUUUCAGUCGUUGGAUCCACUGGCUCCAUCGGGACUCAGACGUUGGACAUCGUAGCAGAGAAUCCAGAUAAAUUCAGAGUUGUAGCACUCGCAGCUGGUUCAAAUGUUACUCUUCUUGCUGAUCAGGUGAAGACUUUCAAACCUCAACUUGUUGCUGUUAGGAAUGAGUCGUUAGCUGAUGAACUCAAGGACGCUUUGGCUGAUCUUGAAGAAAAGCCUGAGAUUAUUCCUGGGGAGGAAGGUGUUGUUGAGGUUGCUCGCCAUCCAGAUGCUGUCAGUGUAGUUACGGGAAUAGUAGGUUGUGCAGGCUUAAAGCCUACUGUUGCUGCCAUAGAAGCAGGAAAAGAUAUAUGCUUGGCCAAUAAAGAGACGUUAAUCGCUGGAGGUCCUUUUGUCCUUCCUCUGGCUCACAAAUAUAACGUAAAAAUUCUUCCAGCUGAUUCAGAACAUUCUGCCGUAUUUCAGUGUAUUCAAGGCCUGCCAGAUGGUGCACUGCGGCGUAUUAUUUUAACUGCUUCUGGUGGAGCUUUCAGGGAUUGGCCUGUUGAUAAAUUGAAAGAAGUUAAAGUAGCUGAUGCUUUAAAGCAUCCUAAUUGGAAUAUGGGGAAAAAGAUUACUGUGGACUCUGCUACCCUUUUCAAUAAGGGCUUAGAAGUCAUUGAAGCCCAUUAUUUGUUUGGAGCUGACUAUGAUAAUAUUGAGAUAGUAAUUCAUCCACAAUCUAUAAUACAUUCAAUGGUUGAAACACAGGAUUCAUCUGUUCUUGCACAGCUGGGGUGGCCUGAUAUGCGCCUACCAAUUCUAUGCACUAUGUCAUGGCCCGAGAGAAUAUACUGCUCUGAAAUAACCUGGCCUCGCCUUGAUCUUUGCAAGCUUGGGUCUCUAACAUUUAAAGCUCCUGACAAUGUAAAAUACCCAUCCAUGGAUCUUGCCUAUGCUGCUGGUCGGGCUGGAGGCACCAUGACCGGAGUGCUUAGUGCUGCUAAUGAGAAAGCUGUAGAGAUGUUCAUAGAUGAAAAGAUCAGCUAUCUUGAUAUUUUCAAGAUUGUGGAGCUAACUUGUGAUAAACAUAGGGCAGAAUUGGUGACCUCACCCUCUCUCGAGGAAAUUAUACAUUAUGACUUGUGGGCACGAGACUAUGCUGCUAGUUUACAACCCUCUUCUGGUCUAAGCCCUGUUCUUGCAUGAUAGACAGCCUCCUCAUGCCAAAGUAGUCUCUGAUUUUGGAACGGAGAUAGAUUUUAUAUUCCUGCCAAGACAAUGGCUUUCUUGCUGUGGUUUUUGGGGGGCAUUCAUUGCCGGAGUAUCAUAUAAAUAUCAAGAUAGGCAACCCAAACGAGUUUCCCCUUCAAUUGUAUACUGAUCGUACAAUUGCUAUCCUUGAAGAAAAUUGAAGUGAAGAUUAAUUUUCAAAGUCGCUAUUUUGGAAAAAAGAAAUGGAAAAGAAAAUGAAAUUGCAUUUUGUACCUGGAAAGUGAAGUCCCAAUUGGUUUCAAUUUCUAACGUUCGAUAUUAACAAUGUUUGAAGCAGUUACAACCAAAUUUGAAUGGGUUCUAUAGUCA